AUGGAGUGUGGUAAUGGAUCAACACAUGAUCAAGUGGCAAGGCUGAGCAGAAAGGGAGAGAGCGGGAUGUGGGGAAAGGAAAAAUGUUUUGGUCUAAUGCCCAGUCGUGGAAGUUCUGAGAUUGCUAAGAUUGAUGAUUCUUUUCUCACUUGCUCGCCUGAAAAGAUUGAUUGUUUCAUCGAUCGAACAGUUGAGAGAAACUUUCUGCACCAACAUUAG